AUAGUACAAUAUACCUGCAAAUUCGGUAUUGUUUAGUAGUUGAAUACACAGAUUAACUCGCCCAAAUCAUCUUAGCCAUUGACCACUCUGUACCCUGGAACUCCUAAUUUAAAAAGGACCAAAAGGAACUUUGCAUGAAGCUUCUGCCCAGGGAAGCUUCGACGAUGAAUCUUCAGUUAACCAGUCAAAGAAAAAGAAUCCUGAAAUGGGUAUAUAUAAAAACUUUCACAGCAGUUGAGAGAUCAUAUCUUCAGUGAGCAACAAUGGCGGUAGAAUUGUAUACUCAGUACUUUUCCAGUCAUCCUUCUGAUCUGUCUAAUACAGUUGCUACAAAUGACUACAAUCCCCACAAGCGUUGCUCUGAUCUCACUGUGGAUGAGCUUUUUGGUGAGGCAAAUUCUGAGGAACUCAUUGUUCUUUCAGAGGAAGACAUUAAACGCAGAAGAAGAAACCAGAAUAUAGUCUUGUGUGAAAGAACAAGGAGGAAAAAGAUGAAACAUUUGUUCUCUACUUUGCAGUCUCUGCUACCUGAGUCCACUACCCCCAAGGUACCCAGAUAUUGUAUUAUAGAAGAAACCAGUAAACAUAUUGAGAAUCUCCAAAACAAAGUCCAAGCACUGAAGAAGAAGAAAGCCCAGUUAUUGGCCACACAUUGUAGCAGCACAAAAAAGUCAUUAAGAUAUAACCAUUCAUCAGCCAUUGAGAAAGAGUCCAUAAGGCCUCAUGUGGGUAUACAAGUUUAUAGCAGUGAAACAGCUAUAAUAAGAAUUACUGCCUCAAGAAUGCCAUUAUCUCUCUGCAAGAUUUAUGAGGAGGUUGAAUCACAUGGUUUGGACAUACAGAGUGCAGAUGUUUACAAAGGGAACUCUCUUGUCUUUCUCUAUUUCCAUGCCACAGUAAUUGCAGGAACAGACUGCCAUAACUCAUUAGAAAUGAGCCAGGGCAAACCUAGUCUGCACCAAAUUUUACAGAAGAUAUAUUAAUAUUAUGUUGUUGAGGAUGUAAUGAAAAAUAGGUUGUUCUUAACCACAUAUUUAAAAACAAUGCAUGUUUUCAUUAAAGAGACUGGUAGCUCUUCUCCAAAGGAGGUAGAGUAAGUUUUGGUGAGCAUGUGGUGGUUAUUCAUUUCACCAAUAGAAAAAAUUUAACUGAGAAGUACAUGUUAUCCUAUUGAACUCUGGACAAACAAUUAUUAUUCCUUUUUUUAAAAAUGGG